AUGACUUUCUAUCUUCCUGUUUUUUUACUAUUAGAUGGAGAGAAAUUUUCAGCCAUUGACAAAAGCAUAAGUGUCAAUAAGGAGUACCUCAAUGCCUUACGAACGCAAUCCUAUGUUGAACUCACCACUAAAGCACAAUUACUUGCAAAUGAACAUUCAGACACUCCAAAGUCCAAUAACUACGCCAUGGAAACACUUCUCAAGCCAGAUCAAGAUGCCAUACCCUCCCUUCUGGAAGCACCGAUCUUCACAAAAGCACAAUCAGAUCUCAAACUCCUGAUCUCUAGCUACUUCGAAACCAGUGCUGAAGCCUCAAGAAUAUGUGGACACCUCUUAAGAAGCAUCAAUGAGACUCAUUCCCACUACCAACGUAUCCAGAGAAUACUUAAAAACUUUAGUGAUCACUCCCCUGCAGGCAUGAAGUCCACAAUCUCGGAACUUGAUUCAUUUGCUCUUCUGAGUAAUCCAUUCCCCAAUCCAAGUCAACAAGAUUUCAAACUAAUCCACGACCAGUACUCCUCUAUAUUGCACCACCUUAAAUUGAAGAGAAGUAAAGUGGCAAGGAGGAUCAAACUAAUAGAGUGCAUCAAGAAGGUGUCUGGGAUUUCCUUAACAGUGGUUUGUGGAGUGGUUGGACUGGUAGCCAUUGUUAUAGCAGUGCACUCUCUCUCUGGGUUUCUUAUGGGACCUGCCCUCAUGGGUCUAUCCCCACUUCAUCUGAAAAAGAAGUUUUCAAACCUGAAAUACUUUCAGAGUAAGUUUCUGAGGAAACUUGAUGAUCAACUUGAUGCGGCAGCAAAAGGGACUUAUAUUUUGAACAGGGAUUUUGACACUAUGAGCCAGCUGGUUGCUAGUCUUUAUAAUGAGGUCGAGCACUAUAAAGCAAUGAUAAGGUUUUGCCUGGAGAGGAGGGAGGAUAAGUUUCCUCUUCAGGAGGUGAUGAAGGAGCUUAAGAGGAGGAGUCAAGUGUUUAAGCAACAGGUCGAGGAGCUCCAAGAGCAUGUCUGCUUGUGCCUGGUUACAAUCAAUAGAGCUAGGGUAUUAGUGAUCAAGGAAAUUUCUGCGGCAUAA